AUGUAUCAUACACUGUUUCUCAUUCAACCAUAACCACACUAGCCAAUACACCAGAAACAAUCGCUGAUUCAUCCUUUAGCCCAUCUGAUUCAAACACCAAUAAACCAUCUACCACAGAGAACUGGCCCAGCACAUCUGAAUCAAGUUGGAAUAUAUCAUCUAUUGCAAGUGAAUCAACCACAUACUUGCAAUCCAGUCCCUCUGACUCAACCAUAAAUAUAUCAACCAGUAAAUCCCAAUCAAGCACACUCUCAAAUCUACCCAAAUCAAGCACAGUCUCACUUUCAAGUUCACCUAAAUCAAGCACAGAUGCUUCAUCUUUAAAUGCUACAUCUAAACUGUCAACGUCUUUGAGUGCUCUUCCUUCCAAAAGCACCAUAAGUACUUUUGAUCCAG